GAGACCGGCGCGGGUUGGCUGGGCGCGGCGGGGAUAACGCCCGCGGGGGCGCCUUUGUGCCGCAGAGGCGGCGGCGGCGCGGAGCGAGCGGCGGUUCCGGUAGCGGCAGCUCCCCUGCCCGCGGCCGCACUAUGACUCUGGAGGAGCUGCCUGGGGACCACCGCACCGCCGGCAGGAUGGAGCAGGCGGGGGACGCGCUGGAGGAGGUGCUGAGCAAGGCGCUGAGCCAGCGAAGCCUUACCCUGGGUGUCUACGAGGCCGCCAAACUGCUCAACGUGGACCCGGAUAACGUGGUGCUGUGCCUGCUGGCGGCCGACGAGGAGGAGGCGGGGGACGCGGCCUUGCAGAUCCACUUCACCCUCAUCCAGGCUUUUUGCUGCGAGAACGACAUCAACAUCCUGCGGGUCAGCAACCCGGCGCGGCUGGCACAGCUGCUGCUGCCCGCCACCGGCCCCGAGCCGCCCGCCGACCUGCACUGCGUCCUGGUCACGAACCCCCAUGCAUCGCAGUGGAAGGAUCCAGCGCUGAGUCAGCUCAUGUGUUUCUGCCGGGAGAGUCGGUACAUGGAUCAGUGGGUCCCGGUGAUCAACCUCCCCGAGCGGUGACGGCGCCAGGACCAGUGCGGACUGAACCCCAUUGCACUGAAGUUUUGCAAUACUUUAGCAGUUGCUCAGGAAGUAACUCCCUGCCCUGGCAUGAGGAUUACAGGGGAGGGGGGGUAAAAACAAAAAGAAAAAAAAAAAAAAAAAGACAAAAAUAAGUGAUGUCAGGGGGGGUUAGACUGAAGUUGAGCUACAUGGUGUGUGGGACUCAAGAGGAGUGACUCCGGAGCGAUGGGAUGAGUGUGGAUGAGAAGGAAGCGCAGAGGAAUGAGCCCUGCCCGAGGUGUGGGGGGGCCCACGGCCGCCCCACAGCAAACACCCAACACCCCGCACGGUUCUUUAAAGUGCAACUUGCAGUUUCUGGUUUAAAUACCUUAAAGAGCGAAAAAAAAAAAAUGUUAACCGAAACAUUUUUUGCAAACAAUUUUAUUGUACUUUUUGGGAUGUUAAUUCUCAAGUUUUUAUGCUAAGAUAUAUAAUAAGUUAUUUUAUGAUAUUGAUGGAAAAAAAUAUUUAUACUCAGAGGUUUGAGAACCAGAAUGUCCUUAAGCAGUUGGUCUGCAACCACGUCUUUAUCAGUUGGCUGUUAAAAGCAGCUACAUUAAUAUAAUUGUUUGAAAAUUGAUUGUGUUUUGGUUUUUUGGGGUUUGGGAUUUUUUUUUUUUUUUGAAAUAAAGUUUAAACUCCA